ACACGUUAAAAGCUCCGCCCUUCUUUUCUGGCCUUCGGUCUCCCCACCCCCACCCUUGGAGCGGUCUCUCCCCGAGAUCCACUGCCCUUUGGUACGGACAGAAAGAACAAGUAGCAACUUAACAGGAGGAGAAUGGCACUGAGGCAGAUUUCUAGCAACAGGUGCUUCGGGGGGCUCCAGAAGGUCUUUGAACAUGACAGUGUUGAGCUGAAAUGUAAAAUGAGACUUGCUGUCUACCUGCCUCCACAGGCAGAGAGUGCCAAGUGUCCUGCACUCUACUGGCUGUCUGGUUUAACUUGCACAGAACAAAAUUUCAUAACCAAGUCUGGCUUUCAGCAAGCUGCCUCAGAACACGGCCUUGUCGUCAUUGCUCCAGAUACCAGUCCUCGUGGCUGCAACAUCAAAGGAGAAGAUGACAGCUGGGACUUCGGCACUGGUGCAGGCUUCUACGUGAAUGCCACUGAAGACCCCUGGAAAACAAAUUACAGAAUGUACUCUUACGUAACCGAGGAGCUUCCACAACUCAUAAAUGCCAAUUUCCCAGUGGACCCACAGAGGAUGUCUAUUUUUGGUCACUCCAUGGGAGGCCACGGAGCUCUGAUUUGUGCUUUGAAAAAUCCUGGAAAAUACAAAUCUGUGUCAGCAUUUGCUCCAAUUUGCAACCCAGUGCUCUGUCCUUGGGGCAAAAAAGUUUUUAAUGGAUAUUUGGGACCAGAUGAAAGUAAAUGGAAGGCGUACGAUGCAACCUGUCUCGUGAAGUCCUCUUCAGGUUCCCAGAUUGACAUAUUAAUUGAUCAAGGAAAAGAUGACGAGUUUCUUACAAAUGGGCAGUUACUCCCUGAUAACUUCAUAGCUGCCUGCACAGAAAAGAAAAUCCCUGUUGUUUAUAGGCUACAGGAGGCAAGUAUUGGGAAAUCUUUGUUUAAUCUACAUAGCAAAACUUUUAAAAAGCUAGAUUAUGUACAACAUAGAUUUUAUUUUAGCUACUUGAGGACAGAGGAUGAUGUUGGCCGUAGGAGUCUUUAGUUACAUUAAGACAUCUGGAGUGAAAUGUGCGCUACCUAAGGCCAAAUUAAAUAAGAAAGCUUUUGACCGUGAAGAAUAAUGCAGUUUUGCCUGUUGUCAGGCAGGGGGAAACAAGUUUAAGGCUUGAAUGGCAUUGUCUCCCACAGACUCGCCGCCAGCACUCUAGAAUGUGUGCUAGGCUU